ACCACCUAACAUGGUGUAUUCGACAAGUUUAAAAAUUAUCAGCUACUUUUUUCAUGAACUAUUUAUCUUCCAGAUUGAUUCCUCAUUUUCUCGACAAUUUAGUUCCGUGGGUCAUCUACCUGUCGUAUACAAAUGUCUUUGGAUGUACUUUUAAAAUGUGAUUUUUCCGAGGCUGAAUUUCCUUCUGAUUGGAUACGAAAGGCCCUGUUUUCAAUUCCAUCUAACCUCCGUAUUGUUGUCAUCGGGAUUCAGACUAGGAUGCUUGUUUUUGGAGGCAAUGAUGUAAUAUGUUUAGUCAUUUGCUGUAGGAUUAUCUCGGAAUCCGGACAAGUAUAUCCUACUUUGUGAACUGAAAUUUCAAAGUUGCAUCAAAGCAAUUAGUUGUUUGUAUUUUCCUUCGUAAGAAAAUUUUCUAGUUGGGACCAGAGAUUUAAUUUUAGAGAUGGUGAUAUCCCUAUGUGGAAUGUUUAUGUCGUUGGACUUGAGAAUGGUGAACUGUUAUUUAUACAUGAGAAUAAUGAAAUUCUUUUGUGUAUCAAAACUGGAUGUGAUUCUGUCAGGUCGAUUCAUUUGACUUCAUAUGGUGAAAAUUUAUGUGUUUUACAUAAAACAACAAUUGUUUGCUUUGAUCUUGACGACUUGAAAGAUGUUUUAUCAAAUAGCAACACUUAUUUGUCACAUCGUUCUCUUGGGUCUAACGGAAAUUCCACGUUCCAGUACACAAUGACAAUUCGUUAUCGAUUGUUGACAAUUCCAACUGAUGGCGAAAAUAAAUAUUGUUCUUGUUUGUCCAAAUAUAAAAUGGGGAUUUUCGACUCAUUUGUUCGGAGGUUCGCCUUUGAGUCGCGCUUGCAUGACGAACAGACGUGUGUCUCACCUAUUCAAACUAGGUGGAUAACAGCUGGCUCUAAUCCAUUCAUCAGUUUCAGUUUUUUGAAUGAGAAUCCAAAUCCCGAAGUCUCUCAUUUUGCAUCUUUUGUCUAUCAAGAGGCUAAACGUGCCAUGUUCGGUGUUAAAAGAUAUUCUAAUAAUGAUUCAGGAUCAUUGGCUGUAACAUGGUCACAACAGAAAGAUAACUUAAUGUAUCCCACCGUUAUAUGUAAUGCCUUUUCAAAAGAUCCUUUGAGUUUGUCUCAUGGAUUGGCUGACAGCCGUCGCCAUAUAUUAUCUUCGGGUGUUGCUAUUUCACCUGACCAUCAUUGGUUAGCGGCUCCAGAUAGCCUCGGACGAGUUCUUCUUGUAGAUGCUUAUAAGGAGCGUGUCGUACGUAUGUGGAAAGGUUACAGAGAUGCUGAGGUUGCUUUUCUUGAAGUAUCUGACUAUGAAGCUCCAUACAUUGGCUACUGUAACUGGUCAAAUAAUCCAAUUAGAAAGACGCUUUGUUUAUUAAUUCAUGCGCCGCAUCUUCAUUCAUUGGAACUUUGGUGUUUGAUUCAUGGACCACGUAUUGUUUCAUGGGAUGUUGUAGAACCAGUUCGGCUUAUUCAAACCGAGUGUCAAAAUUACACGGAUAUUCCUAAAUCAAAUAAAUUAAGUUUAAAUAACAAUCAAGUGGUUUUACUCGAUUCCUCUGGAUCUAUUUAUACGAUUGGCUUGAAUCCAGGUCUGUGUUUAUCAGAUACUAAUACAGCAGCAGCUGUGGACUAUCAAGACUAUAAAGUUCUUCAGAAGCUCUAUAAAGCCGUGGAACAAUUUAGCAAUAACUUAACAUCAGAUAUGUACUGUUCUGAUGUAGCUGGUCUGUUGGUCCAAUUCCGGACAACCCAGUGGCUUGAAAGAGCACUUAACUAUUUACUCAAUUAUCCAGAUCUUAGUCCUCAAAUAAUUUUAAACGUUGUCACUCUGUACAUACAAUUACUGAAAAAAAAUGAUAAUACUAAUAACGAGGUGAAUAACGUCAACGUUAAGAUUUGUUUGAAUGUUAAAGAGUUGGUCAAUCUCUACCUUAAGUUUUAUUCAUUAUAUGAUGAUACUAACAAAGUCAAGAAGAACUGGGAAUUCACCAAAACCCCACACAGUACAUGUGUUCAGUUUGUAGCUGAUUUGCUGUGUUGUGACUUGGAAGAUGCUGAACACUGCUUACAAUUGUAUGCUAUUUGUGGUUCGAUUCUACACAAUGAUUCCAGUUCUGUUAGUAAACCACUUUCUAUACAAAAUUUUCUCAAUUCAUUCCAAUAUACACUCAUUUCAAAUAAUGAAAUCGAAAAUGCAUCGCUAGAUUCAUCAGAACAUAAUAUUCAGUGUGUGAAACGAUUUCGUCUACCAGGAAUUCGUUCAGAUAAUUGUCGUGAAAUAUUGACAGUUCUUGGAUCAUUUAUUUUUAGACAUUAUAUUAAUGGAGUACAAAAUUUCACUUCUUUCCAAUCAACUAUUGAAUUGUUCGAUUUGGAUCCAAAACUGCUUUUGUUGGCUUUCACUUUAUUCAUGUUAAAUGAAGAUAACUAUGUGAAUUUGCCAAUUUUAAUUGAUCGAAUACAUCGUAUGUAUUGUUAUAUAAUAUAUCGAAUUCUAAUGGAAUUAUUAUCAUUGUCAUCAGAAGAAGAAGAAGAAAUAAGCGAAGAUACAGAUGAAAGAGGCGAAGAAAAUGAAACACAAGAGAACAAGUACAGAAAUGAAAAUUUUAAAGAUGAAAUAAAUCUUCAUAAUUUUCUUGAUAUCGAGUAUACAACAACAAAACAGUCUUGUUCACUGUUAUUCAAGUUAAUUUUUAAACAAAUAUACAAUUAUUGUUUGGAUAGUUAUCAUUUAUCAUCUGCUUAUUUAAUUGCAUUAGUAAUACGUUGUAUACUCUUGCAAAUAUGGCAAACAUUUGAAUCGGAGGAAGAUAUUUUAAGAGUUUUAUAUAAUUACACACAACGCUCAGAAUUCGCAGUACACAGUUCUUCAGAAAACAUGAGUGAAAUUGGUACUGAUUUUUCUAAUCAAAAACUUCAUUUAAAUGAAAAUGCAGUUGAUAGUCAAUCUCCUUCGUUAAAAAUGUCAUCUAAAUCGUUCGGCUAUUUGACAUCGAAUUUACAACAUCUUGUUGAUAAAUGGCAUCAGACAUGCGCUCAACUUGAAGAUAUUUUAACUGUUGAACUGAUCAUAUUAAGUUCAAAGAAUCUGAAGACAGAUCCUGAUUUUCCUGCAUUUGAUUCUACUUUGAGAUAUUUUUUAACUAAUGGUCGUUCCUGUUUAACUAAUAGAUUUGCAUACUGGAUUGUAAAGAACACUUUAACACCUGAACAAGUUUUAAGUUUCUAUCAAGGAAUUUGUGCAAAACAAUUGACAGUUGAAAAUGAAAAUACAAAAGAUUUAAUCACUUCGGAUCUGAUACAUAUUAGACAAGUUAUUUUUUCAUUGGCCUAUAAACGUCUUCCUUUCACAUUGGAAUUAGAUACUGUUCUAUCAACAGCUUGUUGGAUUCAUUUUCAAAGUUGGCGUAACAGACCAAAACGUAUAAAUCAUCUAAUCUCUUGUAUUGAAUUUAUGAGUCGAUUUAGUUCAGCUGGAACAAUGAUUGCUCAGGGCUUAGGAACAAAAAUGUGGAAUGAAGCUCUCAUAGAUUGCAUCAAACCAAUUCUGGCCUUUUUAAGAGGUGACAAAGAAUUUGACAAAUAUCGUGAUUAUUUUCCGCAUCUAUUGGAUUUAGCCGUAUGCUUAAUUGAUUUCUUUCGAAUAUAUUCUAAUGCUUGUCAACGUGCUGAAGUGGUACCAGUCUUUUCAGUCGAAAGUGAAUGGAGUGAUAUAGAUACUUGUAGUAGUAGUAGUAGUAAUCAUAAUAAUAAUAAUAAAUCUUUUCCAUCCGAUGAUAAAUUGUUUCUGAAUUCAGUUGAUUUGGAUGCUGACUCACCUAUGUUUGACAAUAAUACCAAGAAGAAAGAUGUAUUUACGAAAGUAUCACUGAAUGCCGUACAUCUAAAUUUUUCCGUUCACGAUGCUGUGAAUCAAUCUGUUCCUAAUAUACUUUCAAUAAUUUCAUGGGAACAACUUGUUAUUGUUGCUUCAGCUUUGAUCACGUUUGGUCGACCUGAAAAAUUUGACAAAUUGUCUAGUCAACAAACAGCUGAUCCAAGAUAUUAUUCACCUAUUGACUUCUUCCCAUCACAAGACUUACACAUCAUACUGUCACCAGAUAAUCCAAAUUGGAUUAGCAUAGGUAUUGAAAACAAUGUUGAUGAUGGUUUAGUCAUAAGACGGCGUUUUUUCCUCUCUUGGUUAAUUGAAAAAUGUGUUGCUCGUCUUGCAUUAUUACCUACUUCACAAUGUUCUCCUACAUCAUCAUCAUCAUCAUCAGCAUCCAGAUUAGAUGAAGACAUAAUCAUCAAUCCAGUCAAUCACCAAUUUGAUAGCAUUUUCGGAGCUGUAGAUAUUUAUCGUCGAUUUAGUUCGGCUGCUUAUACUUUAGCUAACCAUUGGGGUUUUCCAAAAGACACAGUAGUUAUACAACAUGUAAUCUCGUUAUUCGAAGCGAAUCUUGACGAUCAAGCUCAACUUUUUUUAUCAAAAGUUCAAGACUGUAGCAAUUUAGCUGUUCGAUUGUUAUUCAUUGUUGGACGCCGUGUAGCAUAUCGAUGUUAUAGUUCUGGCUAUAAUACAAAACAACAAUUACGUUUACGAGUAUUCAUCCCAUUAACAAUUGAAUCAUGGCUUCGUGGUCUACUACCACCGAUUUCUAGUUUGUCUGGUAAUCUACAACAUACUGGUAAUGAUUCGCAAUCCAAAACAUCUACAACCAAUAUGAAAACAUUAACAUUUCUUAUUGACUAUGUGAUACAACAUCUACCACAACAUGCAAGUCAAUUGCCUAUAGCUGAAGAACUACGUAGUAUUAUUCAAGCUAUUGUACAAUUAGAUUUGGAAUAAUAAUAUUCUCCUUCUUUUUUUCUUCUCUUUUAAUCACUUAUGUGUAAGGAAUCUCUUCAGCAACAAAUAUUUUAUUUUAUUAUCCUAUUGAUUAAAUGAUCCUUUAUUGUUUGGUGUUAUCAAAGAAAACAUAAUUGGAUGUGUGAGAUACAUAAUUUCUUUUCUGAUUUGAUAAUUCCAAUUGGGUACAAUAAACACAGAUUCUCUGUUCAUAUACUUAUCAAGUAAAUACUGUCGACUAAGCAUAAUAGACUACAGUUAAUAUCGUCCAACUCUCUUGUAUAUUUUAUGCAAUCUAUUUAACCAAAUACCAUCAUCAAGUAACAAAAAGACGUAAAAAUGUAACAGAGGAAUGUAUUUGUUUGAAAGUUCAAGGUGUUUUCUCUUGUUUAUAA